CGUUAAUUUCGGGACUCUCAUUUGACGCCUUUAACGUUAGCAAAUGUGGCUUCUCUUAUAACCUCAUCGUUCACCAAAGCAACUUUCCAGUUGCAGGGCUGUUUGUGGGCUGAUUGCCACCCCAAAUCUUUAACAUUCAAUACAUUCUUUCCCAUUUUUUCUUCCUGAGUCGGGGGACUUGUGAACAUCCCCUCGAAAAUAUCGAAAUUUAUCAAACACCCAAAGGUUAUAAGUGGAGAAGUAUUUUUAAGUCCAUACAUUAAGUGGAGAAAAAUGGUGAGCUCUUGGGAAUUAUGGGUCGACCAAGCGCUCUCAAAGCUUGAAUCUUUGAAGCUGCUUCGUUCCCUCAGACCCGUCCAUCUUACACCAUCCGCUUCAUCCAACCCAAUUGAGUCCGAUGAGUUCCAUUUUUAUGAUGGAUUGCAUUCUUGGGAUAGGGCCUCUGUGCAAGUCCAAAUUUCAGAACCCACCUUCCACAAAUGGCUUCAAGACAUUCCCAGUUCUGGAGAUGACUUGGAGAGUAGUAUCAUUGGCGAGGGUGAUGAUGGAACAGAACUUUCCUGUGCAAAGUUCCAGACUUUAUUGAUCUUCUCUGGCAAUGAUUACUUGGGCUUGAGUACACACCCGACAGUUAUCAAGGCUGCUGCCAAGGCAGCUCAGGAACAUGGAAUGGGACCAAGGGGUUCUGCUUUAAUAUGUGGAUACACUAAUUACCACAGAUCGCUGGAGGCUUCCUUGGCAUACCUAAAGAAGAAGGAGGAUUGCCUUCUUUGUCCUACAGGCUUUUCAGCCAACAUGGCGUUCAUGACAGCAUUGGGAAGUGUUGGUCUACUCUUAGCUGCAGGGGAAAAACCAGCUCUGGAUGAUAGGGUUGCCAUUUUCUCAGACUCUCUUAAUCAUGCAUCAAUAAUUGAUGGUAUUCGACUAGCUGAGAAGCAAGCAAAUGGUGUGACAUAUGUCUACAGACAUUGUGACAUGUUGCAUCUUGACACAUUACUAACAAGUUGCAGAAUGAAGAAGAAAGUAGUUGUUACCGAUAGCUUGUUUAGCAUGGAUGGCGACUUUGCACCUAUUGUUGAGCUUGUGCAGCUACGCAAGAAGCAUGGGUUUUUGUUGGCAAUUGAUGAUGCCCAUGGCACAUUGGUUUGUGGGAGAACCGGUGGUGGUGCAGCUGAGAAGUUCAAUUGCGAGAAAGAAAUUGAUAUAUGCAUUGGCACCUUGAGUAAGGCAUUUGGUUGCCACGGUGGAUUUAUAGCAUGCAGCAAGAAAUGGAAGCAGUUGAUUCAGUCGAGGGGUCGCUCUUUUAUAUUUUCAACUUCUACUCCAGUGCCAAUUGUUGCAGCUGCCAAUGCUGCUGUUGCUGUUGCAAGUAAAGAGACAUGGCGUAGAAAGGCCCUUUGGAAUCGUGUACUAGAAUUCCGAGCCUUGACAGGAAUUCCGAUAACAAGUCCCAUUGUUUCCCUCAUUGUCGGGAGUGAAGCAAAGGCUCUAGAAGCUAGCAGGUCGACCCUCGCUCCACCUACCCCUCCCUCUCUUUACAUAUGUUUUGUUGACUAGGUCUCCGGUUACUCAAACAUAUUAAUUCGAUGAAACAGGCAUCUACUGAGAUCUGGUUUUCAUGUAACUGCUAUAAGGCCCCCAACAGUGCCUGCAAACUCAUGCAGGUUAAGGAUAGCUCUGAGUGCUGCACACACGGAGGACGAUCUGAGGAAGCUUGUAAACGCGCUGUUAAACUGCAUUAAUUUUCAGGAUAUGGGGUUGUCUUGUCAUACUUUCACUGCAAAAUUGUGAUUAUUUUCUUAUUCAAAUUGUAUCAGUCGGCAGCUGCUGCUAGAUUGCAGAAACAUGAAUUAUGAAGGAUCUGAUUUUUUUUAUGGCGGAAUUUCGCUCCAAACAAUCAAGUCCUCUCCCUUCAAUGAGGUAGCUGAUUAGGCGCGAAUUGGAGAAAAGUCUUCUUUUUGAUUUGGUGGAACUAUGGAACAGGGGAAGUCAUUACUAUAAAAUGCAACAUGCCUAAUGUGCUACGCUGAAAUAAGGUAGAAUAUAUAAAUGUGUGC